AGGUAUGGAUAUUGAUACUGAUCUCAUUAACGUCCGUAGGCCCUAUAAUCUAUUUGAUUAUGUGGCUACGAAUAAAGCUUUGCCCCAACGAUAACAAACAACUUUUUCCUCUUAGUUCUUGCAUUUGGUUUGUUUACGGAGCUCUAAUGAAGCAAGGAUCAACAUUAUCUCCCUUAUCAGAUUCGGCUCGACUCUUAUUCGCUACAUGGUGGAUUUUCAUUCUGAUACUAACAGCAUUUUACACCGCUAAUCUAACUGCGUUUCUCACAUUAUCUUUAUUUACUCUACCAAUUAAAGAAGUUGAGGAUGUCGCUAAACCACCACACAAAUGGUUUACGACCCAAGGCAGCUCAGUGGAAUAUGCUAUUAAGAAUAAAGAUGAUGGUGAUUUAAACAUUCUUCUAUCAUCAGUUAGGAGAGGAAAUGGAAGAUUCAUAGAUACAAGUAGUGAAAGUCAUGUAUUAGAACUGCUAUAUGAUGGUUGGUUAUACUUGGAUACAUCUGAUACACUAAAUAGACUUAUGUAUGAUGACUACAAAAAAAAAACUAUUGAGGGAGAAGAUGAAAAUAAAAGGUGCACAUUUGCUUUAACACAGUAUCCUUUUCUUGUGAGAUCAUUGGCCUUUGCCUAUCCAAAAGGAAGUAGUUUACCAGAGCUGUUUAACCCUAUAGUUCAAGUCUUCGUUGAAUCUGGAAUAUUGAAACAUUUGCUGAAUGAAGAUCUUCCAGAUACAACAAUUUGUCCACUUAACCUUGGUAAUAAAGAAAGGAAGUUAAGAAAUACAGACCUAUUUACUACAUAUAUUGUUGUAUUAGCAGGGUUUUCCGGUGCACUGGUUGUUUUUUGCAUUGAAUUGCUUUGGACAUACUGUGCAACUAAGAGUUUCAAUAGUAAAUCAAAUAAAUCACAAAGAUUAAAAAAUAAUUACAAUAAAUUUGUAAUCACCAAUGAAUUUGAAAAAACUACUGCAAUACAGAACCAAGUACAAACAAAAAUAAAUGGAAGAGAAUACUUCAUGAUUACUGCGAAAGAAGGAGAUAAAAGAUUAAUUCCUUUACGUACACCAUCAGCACUUCUUUUCCAAUAUGGUUUAAAUUAUCCGACAAUGUUCUAAAUCAGAAUGUUAAUAAAAUUGAAUAUUUGGAGUACUCAAUAAUGCCUAAAAAAAAAUAAGAAGCAACAUCAUUUAUAAACAAGUGUAAUUCAUAAGUGGAUAUAGUAGAAUGCAUAGAACUGUAACUGAUUAUAUACUUAAUAAAAUAGAUAAAUUUA